GGAAAUGCGUCACUAGUACACAGGUUGUGCCAAACAUUUCUCUGCACUGACUGGUGGCACUCGCAACAAGGCAAGGUCUUGAUAAUUAAUGAGUGAACAAAAAAAAAUCAGAGCCUCUAUGCAAAUGAGGAGCCUUUAUAGACCUUGGAUGAGCUUUUUGGAUAACGAUUCGCUGCAAACUUGUGACUGAUCAGCUUAACAUAUGUGGAUAAAGAGUUAAGCGUGUCUUGCAUUUCAAACUUCAAGUAUCUGACAGCAAUCACAUCUUCAUUACUUUGCUGAAUGAGGGAACGGAUACUGAACAUUUGUAGGCUAUUGGAAUUUACCACGAUUGACCAAACUCAUCCAUUCAUUAUUCCCCCCUGCAUUUUUAAGACGCACACCUCAACCGAUUGAUCCGGGAGUGAUACAGCAAGAUUAGACUACCGCAUUCAUUCCAAUAUAUAUAUUUUUAACUCUGUUCAGUGCCACAUCGCCAUGUCAAGCGAUACGUCGGAUCAGAGUAGGCGGUUCUGUGUGCUGUCUUGGGAUCAGGUACGUCGUUUGAACUCAAUCCUCAGAGAAGCAAUCCCGAUUCACGGCCGCGGAAAUUUCCCUACACUCUCUCUACAACCCCGGCAGAUUGUUCAGGUGGUGCGGGCGCGACUGGAGGAGAGGGGCGUGUCAGUACGAGACGUGCGGCUGAACGGCUCUGCAGCCAGCCAUGUGCUCUACCAGGACACUGGCAUGGGCUACAAGGACCUGGACCUGAUCUUCGUUGUGUCUCUGAAGGAUGACCAGGCUUUCCGGCUAGUCAAGGACGUGGUAAUGGACUGCCUAUUGGACUUCCUACCAGCGGGGGUCAGAAAGGAGCGCAUCUCGCCGCUGACCCUUAAAGAGGCCUACGUGCAGAAACUGGUGAAAGUAUGCAACGACACAGACCGCUGGAGCCUCAUCUCACUGUCCAACAACACGGGCAAGAAUGUGGAGCUCAAGUUCGUGGACUCUCUCAGGCGGCAGUUUGAAUUCAGCGUGGACUCCUUCCAGAUUGGCUUGGACUCGCUGCUGCUGUUUGACCACUGUUCAGAGACGGCCAUGUCCGAGAGCUUCCACCCCACCGUGAUUGGGGAGAGUGUGUAUGGGGACUUUGAGGGUGCCAUGGGUCAUCUGUGUCAGCGGAUCAUUGCCACACGCAGCCCCGAGGAGAUCCGAGGCGGGGGGCUACUUAAGUACUGCCACUUGCUGGCGCAGGGGUUCAGGCCCAUCUGUGAAACGGAGAUGAAGGCUCUGCAGCGCUACAUGUGCUCACGCUUCUUCAUCGACUUCUCUGACAUCUGCGAGCAGCAGCGUAAGCUGGAGGCCUACCUGCAGAACCACUUUGCUGGCAUGGAGCACAAGCGCUAUGAGUGCCUGAUGACUCUGCACCAGGUGGUGAAUGAAAGCACUGUGUGUCUGAUGGGCCAUGAGCGGCGCCAGACGCUCAGCCUCAUCUCUAUGUUGGCGCUACAGGUGCUGGCUGAGCAGAACGCAAUCCCCACGGUGACCAACGUCACCUGCUUCUACCAGCCCGCACCCUACGUGCGUGACAUCAACUUCAGCAAUUACUACAUAGCACAUGUGCAGCCACAGCCACCGCUAGUUCACUACAGUAACUCUCACCAUACGUGGCUGCACUGUAACUGAGCUAACAAGCAUGUGCAGGGCAGAGGUGGAUGUGGCAUCCAAUGUUUCUCUCCAUUGGGUUGGAGCUGUGGAAUGGUAGCCUUGCUCUUUGUCUUUCAAAAUAAAUAAAUAAAUAAACUAAGCAAAUGGAAAUGUGACUUGACUGAAACGAUCCUUUACUGCUGUAUGAUUUUAGCCAAUCUUCUCUCAACAAUUGUAUUUCUCCUCACACAACGUUUGUUAAGUUGACGGUCAUUUUCACAUGUAACAAGAAUGUUGAAGUAAGUGAGAAAGAAAUCUUAGAUUUUUUUUAAAUAAGAAAAUAAAAACAUUUCUUUUGGAAGAAACAAACUAUGAAGCUUUAUUUUCAGACUGCCGCUUCAGUUGACUUAUUUUUUAAACAACAGUUACAGGACCAAAGAUGUAUUUUGUUCAGAACAGAAGGGAUUAUUGUGAUUCCAAGUGCCUAAAAUGAUCUGAGCAAUUUACAAAAAUGCCUCAGUAAAGUGAGAGCUGUGUUUUUUUUUAGGGGUUUGUGUUGCCUAGAUUACUCCAAAUCUCUUUUCAGGGACAGAGACAUUCAUCUUCAUGCGAUUUAAAUAAAUACAAUUUUUAUAAAUCCCUAUCCUCGUUUUUUAAAUUCUGAAAUAUGUGUAUUAUAAGCAUAGCCUGUGUAAAUGGGAAAGAAAGGCCUUGAUAUUGUUGGGUUCUGAGAAUAUGAAAUAUACUUAUUCAUGUCACUGAGGGAGUGCUGAGGUUUUAGAGUGUAUACCAGAAGGGAAUGGGUGAAGGAGGAACUUAUAUAGUGUGUGCAAUUAAGCUUGUAAUGUGUUGAGUUCAGGGAAGCGAUUUACAUGCGGCAGGCAUUGAUAAGGGGAGAGAGCCAUGGACUAGUGAUGGAGGGGGGUUGAGGUCAGGUCAGGUCACAUUAAGGGAGAAAUAAAAGUUUAUGGCCCGUAUCACUAGUGUCCUGCCUAGCAGUAAAGAACGAUGUUUGUACAGAUGUGUAGGAGUGCUUGUGUAAAUAUCAGUGCUUGUGUGAAAAUGUUUUUGUCUAAUGCAGCUUUAUUGAUCCUCUGGGAAGAAUAAACUU